AAUAAAAAUAACAAGAGAGUUAAAUUAAACAUUAGGGUUUCUUCUCUUCAGACCAUUUCUUCCCCUUUCAGCAGUCAGCACAGCCGCAGCUCCUCUUCGACUUUCUGCAGAUCUUUGGCGUUCUGUUGUACAUAUAGGAGAUCAUCAAGUGGGUUGCCCUUGGUUCUGAUUUGCAGGCUACUUUCUCCGCUUGAGUUGAACUGAAAAGAUUUAGCCAAUGCAGUCAAACAACAAAGAUCUGCUUCAUUUGGAGGCUGAAGCCUUGCCCUUGGAAUCAAAACUUCUCUUUUGCAAUAGAGAUGCCGGAAUUCAAUCCCAAAAUUUGAAACCUGAUAAGAAGCCCGACAUCUCUUCUGUGCCCAAAAGCCAAGUUCUAUCAAAGAUCAAGGAUUUCUUGGGAGUCCUUUCUGAAGAUAAUAAAAACCUGGAGCUUGCUGCUAAGAACAAUCCUCAGAAAUAUGAUAUUGAAGCUCUUACCGGGCAAGAAUCUGAAUACAUAGAGAUGGACUUAAUGUUGGGUGUCGCGGAGCUUCACACACAGGAAGCUGUGUCAGCUGCUGAAUCCGCAAUAGCAGGUUACCAACCCGUAAUCAAUCUGGCUACCAGUGAUAAUGAUUCAGAAUCUGAAGACAGAAGUGAUGAGGAUGAAAUUUCUGAUAGCAGCAGCGACGAAAGUUCUGAUGAUGAAGAUGGAGCUUCUGCUGUGGGACAAGAAAAGGAUUCUUCUAAGAAAGCAGUGAAGAGGAAGCGACAGUCAGAAAAUCGAGCUAAUAUAGUUGAGCUAUCUUAGGCUAAUUGGAGCUGUUAUUUGUGAGAAAUUCAGAAGAUAGUAGCAACUGUGCUUCUCUACGAUGCUCCUAUAAAUCUUCUUGUUACAUUUGAGGUUGCUUUAUUUUUAACAAGAUAUUUGGCUUCUCCACCAAACCUUCAAAGUGCUUGGUCUAACGAGUAUUUUGUGGUUUUCUAAAAGUUAAAGUGCCAGGCCCAAAUUGUAUUUUGGACCAAGAACAGCCUCAACAGGUUUGGAUAAAACUAACACAAGAGCACUGCCAAAAACUGUGAAUUCAGAUCUUUCUGCUUGUGUUACAGAUUCUUGCGACAAUUUGAUUUAUUUGUUUCAUAAGAAGAAUUCUGUUGAAAAAAAAAAGAUUUUUCAGUUUGUUACUAAACUGUUUUUCAUCAGAAAAUAUUUCAGUUUUUGCAAAGGUCACAUCAAUAUAUAAGAGGUUGGUGUCUUUCGACUACGUUAGGGCAUUGUAGCUAUUUAACAGAAAAUGUGCUAAUUAUUCAGUUUUGCUCCUAUUCAAAUACGUAAUUACUUAGUCAUAAAGAGUUUAAGUCCUGUAUGUACAUUGUAUUUUAUGCUUGUUAGCCGCUUUCAAUCAAUUAAGUCUUAAUUAGGAAUCACAAGCAAAUUCCUUUAAUUCGAUAAAUUUGCUUGUGGAGUUGGGCUUAAGCACAGCAAAAAUCUAUUCAGGCAACAGGGAGACACUCAGAUAAAAAGGAUUUCCCCACAGCUCUAGGAAAUGAAACUUUGGGCAUAUAAAGAAGCGAGGGCGAAGAAGACAAAGUAGUUAUAAAGAACAAGGAGAAGAGGAAGGUGGGGAAUUUAGAAGUAGUGAAUAUGUGUGUCGAGAGUGAGAGGGACAAUGAGGAAGAAGAUGAUGAAGUAGUGGUUGUGAAGCAUAAUAAUAAGAAGAAGGAGAAGAAGAGGAGGAAGGUGGGUAGUUCGGAGCUGGCAAAUUUGGGAGUGGAUGAUAGUGUUAUGUUGAAUGAGUUUUGUUUGAGAGAAACUCGAAAUAGUGCUUGUAA